CAACCAAUCACCAGAGAUAAAGAAGCGACCGCCGGAGCGACCAGACGGGAUUCGGCCAUGAGCUCGAGCCUCAAUGUCGUGGCAACGCUGCGCAACCAGGCGCCGCAGGUAGCUACGUACGCGCCGACGAUCGCGCCGCCCGACGACGUCGUCCAGCUGCUGGCGACGCAGGACCUCACUUGGGCCUCGCUGCCGCUGACGGCCAAGAACGCGGUGCUCUGGGCGCUCGGCUACGUCCGCGCCGGGGCGUCCUACUACAAGGUGUACACAAGGAAGGCGAGCGCGCCCACCAUGGAGCGCAUCCAGAUUGCGUUUGCCGACCUGAGCAAUAGCUGCAACCCCGACUCGCCGUGCGGACAGAACAAGGUCGUCACGCGCACCUGCCCCGUGAUGGUGUCGAUGCUCAAGUGCGCGGUCGACCCGACCUCUGGGAUUCCGUCGUCGGCGACGAUACCGAUCGCCCCGAGCGGUGUGCUCUGGGGCUGGACCGAUGGCGGGUCGCUGAAAUCCAACAUUACGCUCACGGCCAACACGGCCGAGGGCAUGCCCUACUCGAUCCACCUCAACGCGGACAACGACCUCUGCGGGUCCCUCGCGGUCAUGUCCAGCACCGUGCCGUGCGCGCUGUACACGGCGGCCAACGCUGCCUUGUACGAGCGACCACAACCCCCGCCCGAGCUCACAGCAUGGCUGCAAACGCUCCAGUCGACGGCAACAACGGCGCCCGCCCCCGUCACGCUUGCGCCCCCAGCCGCCUCGUCAUCCAUCUCGACCGGUGCCAUCAUUGGCAUUGCUAUCGGCGUUGUCGCCGUCCUUCUUUUGCUUGUGUUUUUCUGCCGGCGGCGGCGGCAGCACAAGGCUCCCAAGGACGCGUACCUUGAGGUCGACGACGUCCAUCUCUCGCUGCAAGAAGUCGAUGCCGCCAACCAGCGCCUCGGUGAAGCCUUCCCGGACCUUGCGCUCUUUCAAGUGGACUCGGCCAUCAGCCUCAAGCGACUCGACUACACGAGCGUUCACUUUGAGCGCCGCCUCGCCAGCGCCGACGGCUACGACGUGCUCGUUGGCUUCUUUGACCAAACGCGUGUCACAAUCAAGCGACUCGCCUCGGACGCGCGGCGGCCAAGCGAGAAUCUCGUCGUCUUCACCGACGCCGUGCGCAUCAUGGCGGGCAUCAACCACCCGCAAAUGACGGCUGUCGUCGGCGUCGGCUGGGAUCUUCUCGAGAACCUCUGCAUCGUGACGGAAUUUAUGCCGCACGGCAGCCUGCGGGAUGCUCUCGACGCCCAGUUGGGUGCGACCUCGAGCGGCGGCAAGAAGGCACGGCAACCGGCGUCGCCAGCGUGGACGUGGAAGAACGAAAAGCUCGCGAUCGCGAUGGACAUUGCCAAGGCGCUCGUAUACCUGCACACGCUUGAGGAGCCGACGGCCCACGCCGGCUUGACGUCGCGCGACGUGUUUCUGGUGCCGGGGCCGCCGCUCUCCGCCAAGGUCAACUCGGCGGCGCUGCACCCGACGCCGCUCCUUCCCGACUCGAACGGAGCGACGAUGACCAACCUGGAGUGGACUGCACCCGAAGUGCUCACGGGUCAUGCGGCGUCGCUGGCCGCCGACAUUUAUGCCUUUGGCAUCCUCCUCUGCGAGCUGGACACGUGCGCGCUGCCGUACUCGGAAGGGCGGUCAUCCCGCGGCCGCCGCAGCGAGACGACGCAGAGCAAUUUGCUCCAGCGCAUUGUCAAGGACGGUCUCCGCCCCGAGCUCUCGAGCUCGUCGACGCAGCCACUGCGCGAAUUGAUUGCACUCUGUGUCGACAAGGACCCGUCCACCCGCCCGACGGCCAUGAUGCUCGUGUUUCAUUUGCGUAGCAAGGUCAAGCCGUCGUUGUAGUCGACGAUUCGCCAUAGCUCGAUGCGAAUAUAUGAUUUAUAAUGAACCGACAAAAUUGUCCUUGUGCAAUA